GCGCGUACAGUGCGGCGAGUGAAGAGAGUGUUGCCACGGUUGGUCUGUGGAUUUUGCCGAUUUUUGCACAGCUGUCAAGCCGGAGCGCCCUACUCUCACGGCUGUGAAAGCGGUGCUUCGUGAGUGACGCCCCUGGCACGAUCACGCCUCGCGCGUAAUCUCUCCGUCUCUCGCCUCUCUUUUGUCUAUCUUUCUCUCUCGCUCUUUCUAUCGACGACACCCAAGCCUGUCUCUUUCUCUCGCGCGUGCUCCGAUCUGUCAGCUUUUUGUUCUCGCUCACUCUCUCUCUUUUUCUCUCUCUCUCUCUUUUCCAUCGUCUCUCCCCUCUUUCGGUUUUUUCUUCUUCUGUAUAUUUCUACAUCGCGCUCGGGAUCUCCGCGUGGUGCUCCUCUCUUUCUCGUCGCGCGGUACACGCUCGAUAUAAUCGUUUACUUGAGGACGACAACGGCAACGCAGUGACGUUCGUCGCGACACUGACGUUUUUGCUUUCGAUCGGCCGUGUCGCGUGUGCGCCACCAGUUGCGUGUUGCGUAACCGCAUUUUACGACAGCCCACCUUUGCGUCUCUCGGGUGCAUCGGCUCCCUCCUUCUUCGUCCUUUCCCGCCUCGCGAAAGAGUUUGGUGCCACGAUCCUGCUCCGAUCUGACGUUUUGGACCGCGCAACCUCACUGCGGCAAUCUGCGGAACACGUGGUUGUAGCGCGGCGAACGUACCGCCGAAGAGACGGAAGUGCCCCGUUGACGAUGGCGGCGGGAACGUGCCGAUUCGCCUGAGAGGAUAAUAUCCAGAGAAAUCUGCAAGGAUGGUGCUGGUGGUGGGCGGGGUAGUUCUGCAGGAGGAGAUUCCUGCGGAUAGCAGAUCUCUGUAUGCGGCCCAUCCGGUGUAUCGCGAGAGCGCGGCCCAGCUGCACUCAAUGCCGGCAAAACUCGUCGGCCCCGUGGGCCUGCUCUACGUUCAGCAGCGGGAAAUGGCCGCGACUCUGCCGCACGACAAAAACGUAAGCAUUCUCGGUUCGGACGACAUGACCACGUGCAUAAUCGUCGUCGUCAGGCAUUCUGGUUCAGGCGCUGUAGCACUGGCGCAUCUUGACGGUUCUGGAACAGAGGACGCCGCUGCGUCGAUGAUCCGAAGGGUAACGGAACUCUCCAUUGGAUAUCCCGCCGUGGAAGGCCGCUUAGAGCUACAACUCGUUGGCGGUUACUCCGAUCCGAGAAACUAUUCCGAGGAAUUAUUCUACAAUAUACUUUCCGCGUUUCACAAGCAACCGGUAGAGAUCGACCUGACGUUGUGCUGCGUGGGCGAAUUAAAUACCACUGUGAGAGGCGGGAUUCAUUGGCCGGUGAUCUACGGUAUCGGUCUGAAUGUGAAGACGGGCGAGAUCUUUCCUGCGAGUUUUCCCGACAAAGGCCCGGAUCAGGCAUUGAGGUGCGCUAGACAAUUGACCGGAGGUCAGCAGGUUUUGGAUAUAUACGACUACACUCUAGGAUUAUUGAGAAUCGGUCCGUUCAAUUAUGAUCCUCUUCGAGGUGUGGAUCUCUGGCUGGCGCAGUCCGAUCAAUUUAUUCUACAGCACUUGUCAACGUCCCCGGAAGUUGAACAACCGCAUUUCGUAGCACAGGUGCGAGCGACGCUUAAGUACAUUCAGGACAAUCAAUUUCCGGCCGUCACCGUCUUCCGAGAUAACAAACCUCAUUACUACCGCCGGGACGAGACCACAGGUUUCUGGCAACCGAUGCGAUACUAACUUCGGGAAAGCUGAAGAUUCGAUCAGGCGUUUGCACACGGAAGAUCGUUUGCGCAAAAUCUUCGCGGCGAAGUUCACAAUGUGUCAAAUCAAUGACGAGAUGCGUACGUGUGAAGCAGAGGAUGAUCAAAUCAAAGAAUGUUAAAUCAAGUUACUCGAAUUUAGAGCAGAGUCUUUGGAGAAAGACUCGCGACAUCGCCGUAGAGUUUUUAAGCCUUCAAAAGUCUCGCGAGCGUUUACAUCAGCGUCCAUAGAAGUGUGUUUUCAAAAAAAAAAAAACAAAAAAAACGGAUUGUUCGAUAUUUUACGAUUAACGAGCAAAUUGCAGAAGUCGGCGUGUAUAAUUACAGCUUUUGUUCGGCACGCAAUUAUCUGUGAUUGACGAGAAAAGUCUGGGAAGGAAGUCGUAAGAUCGAGUCAUUGAAUAUAAUCGAGAAACGAUCAUAUAAUCAGCGUUCUCUGGUCUUUGUUCGCAACAAAAGACGUCUCGCGAGAGCUGCACACAACGCAAAAAUCAAAUACAUUUAAACGUUUAUUAUCGAUUUGUAAUAUUCACAAUAUCUCCCUAUAUUGUCACGAAAUCAGAGAAAACGAAAUGCUAGAGAAAUAAAAGGGUGAUUUCGAGACGCAAUUUUUUCGAACAAAGUUUCUCAAUAUACGCCGAAACGCGGGAGAUUCACUAAUCGACACAACAACCAAGUUGAAAGAUUUUUCUAGAAAAGAAGAGAGAAACGGUAGAAACAAAACAAAAACUAAGAAAAUAAUCCAUACAGGAUCGUGCACAAGUAAGGAUAUAUGUAUUAAAAAAAAAAAACAUCUCUUUCUCCUAUUUAUUAUACAUUUUUUAUAUAUAGAUAUUUUUAGAACGUACUGAAAGUGAAAAUUUUACGUAUUACUAUACAUACGAGUGCAGCGCACAAUCUCUCAGUUGUAAAACAAAAAACAAAAAAAAACGCCUGUAUGCGCUGAGCAAACUGGCAUUGUUGAAUUUUCUUUUUUUUUUUGAUAGAUACUUAUAUUACACACAUUAUGAGAGCAACGAUUGACUUCAAGUUUCUUGUUAUACGAUGUCAUUAGUUGUACGCAAUCGUCGCUUUUCAUCGCGUUAAAAUGUGGUGGUCUUCUCUCCGCACGGAUUGAAACUUUCUUCUCGAGAGCGAGAAAACGGAAAUAUGCGAUUUCUCAAUCGCGCGUUUGAUGCCAAAUGUGACUGAUGAUUGACAGUAAUUUCGUCUUUAUAUCACACGCGAUCUUUGUAUUACAUUAAUCGAACAACAACAACAUAGAAAAUUACAUUGGCGUCGAACGCGCGAUCAAAGCGCAAACUGACAUCUCAAACUCACGUGUAACAAUCACGCGGAGACAUUUAUUUUUCUUUUCUUUUUUUUGUUUAUUUUUUUUUUCUUUCUUAUCUUGUUCUUUCGGUUGGAUUACGAAAGUUCGCGAACAACGAGUAAUUUCGUGCUUGCCAUAAUAAAACGAAGAAAGUUAAGCGACAAGUAGAAAAACGAAAGUAGAGGACGCGCGAUAUAUUGUAAAUAAUAAUUUCAGGGUUUUGCCCGAGUCCUUCGGGUGAGGGAAAGUUCCUUUUUUUGUUUUUUUUUUUUUUUUUUGCCUCGGGGGCGCGAUUGAUUUCGCCAAAGAAACGUUUACAAUUCUGCAAAAAAAGGUCGCGCGAGAAGAUUUUAAUUAGCACUCGUGUGAGAAAACAGCGUAGGUUAAUCGUCGUUUCACUAAGCAUAAUAAGCGCAUAAUAAGACGAUGCGAUUCGAUCGAGAAUAAUUGUGUUAACGCCCGAUGUUGAAAUUUUUUACUUGUUGUUAGAAAGCACGGGCGUGCGACUGAAAAAUCAAAAUAUACAAGGCCUUCCCUUACCUGUGGAUUCAACAGUUAGAGAGCUAACUAUUUUCCGUUUGACGCUCGAGAGCGCGGCUCUACGACGAAAUUUGUUUCCACCAACCAAUUUGUUUUUACGUUUCGAUGUUCAAACGCGGUAACGCGAAACAGAACAGUUACGGUAUAACGUUAUUAAAAUUUGCGGUAUAAAAUGUUAUUAUUGAGAAUGUGCGAUUGCACUCUUGCUUACGACUGUUAACUUUUACUCUUGUUUGGCGAAUGUAUGUGUGAUCACCACGCGCGCUUCGUUUUAAAGCUGCGACCUCGAGCCGUUCGGAGUAAUAAUAAUGCAACAUAAAGAAAAGGUGCGUUUACAAUUUUCCAUUGUUCUAGUGAUACGUAAGUUAAAUUGAAGUUAAUAUCAAUAAGAAUAUUGAUGAUGAUAACACGAUGAUAAUGAUGAUGAUGAUGACGAUAGAUGAUGAUGAUUAUUAUUAUAAUGAUCAUAAUGACAUCGCUGCUGAUGGAUAAAGUUUCCUAGAAAUAUCGAAGAGAUAUAUUUUUACUAUAUUAUGUAAAAGAGCAAAUGCACUCGUGCCGAGAGAGAAACUCUCUAUCUCUCUCUCUUUCUCUCCGGAUCGAACUGACGACCUACUUUAUCUUCUCAUUCGAUCCGCGGGAGAAGAAAUGUAGCGGGUGGUUUGCUAUUUACUUUGUUGCUUCUGCCAGGAGAGAAUAUAUGGCUUUUCUUGCUUGCGUCAUGAAAACUUCUUGGUACAGCAAUACCGGUUAGAUUAUAUUUUUUUUAAGUUUCUCCUCACACACACACACACACCGCGCUCUCUCCCCUCUUUGUUUUCUCUCUGUCUCACAUCUUCCUCAUCCUUUAUGAAAACUUUUCCCGUUCGAUCUCUCUAUCGCAUUCUUUCUCGCGCGUUACGUAAACGCAAUCUCUUACUACAUAUAUAAUAUUAUUUGGUGAUAUAUUUAUACAAUAAACGAUGAUAGAGACUAAAAGAAACAUUUGUGUGUUAUUUCAACGAUAUUACUUCGCGAUAUCGCGCGUAAGGUCGACCCGUUUCGGAUGUGACAUUUUUAUACAAUAAAAAGUCUCUUUGCUGA